GUACCGAUAUAUAGCCGUGUGACCAUGAGUGUAACUGUGUAGGGGAGGUGCACAGUUCUGAUGCAAGUUGAGAAAGGUUUGUCACAGCUGAUCUCAUAACGUUUUAAAAUGAGCUCUUCUGACAUGAAGAUCAUUACUGUGGUCGGCAGUGGGCUGAUAGGCCGCUCCUGGACCAUGGUGUUCAUCAGUGGAGGCUACAAUGUGAAGAUCUACGACAACCAACCAGGACAGGCUGCCAAGGCUCUCACAGAGAUCAGGAAGCAGCUGGGGGAGCUGGAGGAAGCCCAUAUGCUGAGAGGAGAGCUGAGCGCCACGCAGCAGCUCGCCCUGGUCAGCACGUACGAUGACCUGGCUCAGGCGCUGGAGGGAGCCUUCUUUGUUCAGGAGUGUGUAUUUGAGCAGCUUGAAGUCAAGCAGAACGUCUUCCAAGACAUCGAGCGUCUUGUGGGAAAAGACGUCAUCCUGAGCAGCUCCACUUCCUGUCUGGUGCCAAGCAACGUCUUCUCUAAAGUAGGGAACAGGAGUCGCUGCCUCGUCUCCCAUCCGGUAAACCCACCUUAUUAUGUCAAACUGGUGGAGCUGGUACCUCACCCAGAGACGGCAGCAACCGUUAUGGACGCCACCCACUCCCUAAUGACCAAGGUCGGCCAGGCGCCCAUCUGUCUAAAGAGAGAGGUCGAUGGCUUCGCCCUCAACAGAGUGCAGGCCGCCAUCAUUGCAGAGUCUUGGAGGCUGGUCCAGGAUGGUGUUAUCACUGUCAAGGACAUUGACCUGGUGAUGUCAGAGGGGCUAGGAAUGCGUUAUGCCUUCAUAGGUCCCAUGGAAACAAUGCACCUCAAUGCACCUGCAGGUUUGGAGGACUAUAUGAAACGGUAUGGAGAGGGCAUAACGAGGGUCCUGAACUCUUUCGGGCCUGUACCAAACUUCUCAGCAGCCAGCAGUGAGGCAGCCAAGAGAAUCGUAAAUGAGAUGUGUGAGCUGAUUCCCAGCAACCCGCAGCAUCUGUCUGCCAGGAUGGAGAGGAGGGACCAGCUCCUCAUGGGUCUGGCCAAGCUGAAGAAGGAGCACUAAGAUCAGCAUGCAGGGCCCAAAGUCAAGAAAACGUCUGAUUAUGAUUGAAAAAAUAAUCUAUGAAAUUUGGUAGAUGGAGCAGCUGUAUACAUUGAGAGCAUAUCUAUGAGUCACAGUCCAGGCUGGAGUUGUCUGCACGCGGUUGUCAACAUGGAGGUGGCGAACAGCACUAAUAACUGCAAAAGUGCUGACAGAGCUAAUGGUGUUAACCGGGGGGAACCAGAGGGUGGGCGCUAUGUUUCCGCAACAACAAAGGUCGGCCUCAAUGGAUCAGGAAGGUAUUAUCAACAGUAGAGUGGUGGCGAGUGGUGGUUAGCUAGCCAGAGGGAUUCACACUCAGGGACUCACAUGCCUUAACAUGUAAGUGCCACUGGACCAUCUGCCACAGGGUCGGCAAAACCUUUUUAAUAUGACCACCAAACAUGGUACAUGAUUCACAUCCAUACUCUCAUCAAGUGCGAUGCUAAAGCUGCAAACUUUCCCUGCGUGUGUGUCCCCUCUCAUGAGUUUAUUCUAUUCCUUGCCAGCAGUUUGUAGAGUUUGAGUUAGGGAGUAGAAAAUAGACCCUUUUAGGGCUGAUGUCAUAAUGACAUCAGGAGGGCUGUAGGCUACGUAGGAGUCAUAAAAUGCGGUCUUGUUGUUUUAUUGGGAGCCAGAAUAGAAGGAGUCAUGACUCAAAAUUCAGAUUUUAUCGCAUUCCAGCAGGCACUGCCCAUCAACAAAAACAAAGACAGCUAUAGUUAAAUACAAUGAGACUAAAGGCCCGAACGGUACAUUCCCACACCACUCACAUCAUCUUCCUCCACUGUCUUAAAUAAGCCAAAACAACUCACUAGCUAGCGCUGGCUAAUGUAUGUUGAGAAUUGUUUUGCCUCCAGCUAAGCCCCGCCCACCAAAAAAUGCCAAACUGUUUACUAACAGUAAAAGGGUCUAUAGCUCAGUUGAUCCGAUCUGAUCAGAUUAGAUUAAUGGAUGAGAGGAACGGCUGCUGCGUUGAGUGAAAGGAAACUUUCAGACCCAGCACAAUGAACGGCUAAGUUACACCUUCACUGCCCCCAGCGUUCUGCUGCUCCAUCUGUCCCCAAAGUACAUGUACAAUGAUAACGAAAAAGUAGGCGAUAUAAAUCCCAAUGUGUGGGAAAACCCCAGCUGAACAUUUCAACAAACUCUACUAACUCUACAACAAACUUAUUGCUAGUGUGCUGCUCGUUAAGCCACAGCGUGCCAGCGGUGGCACACGUACCCAAGGUUGCUGACCCCUGUAGAGUCCACCACAACAACAGACAGAGAAGCUCAGAUCACGACACACACAGAAGGAGCGUGACUUCACCAUUUGGUCAGGACGCCAUUACUCCACUAUAUCUUCACAUAACAAACUGUUAUCUACUGCUGUAUUAAUGCUUUGAAUGUCUCCUACAGAACCUUUAAAUAUUAAGAAUGAUUAAACGAAUGAAAAUGAAAAUUUGUGGUCUCAAGGUGCCUCUUUAUGGACAUUAUAUUUUAUCUUUUUGUCUACGACUUGAUCUCAAGAUCAAUAUUUUUGAAAUAAAGGGAUUGGAUUAAAGGAAAUCAUCUCAUCAGGUGUUACACAACACAUACUGGAUUCCUGUGUGAAUUAAUUAAGUGAAAAAAAUGUAUUAUGUUUGAAUAAUAAAACUAUGGAAUCUUA